UUUAAUAUUUUCUUAAAAAGUAUUAGUACACGUGUAUGUGUGUAGGUUUAUAGGUGUGAUCAUAUGAUUUUAGUACAAUGAACUAACUUAUAGUAACAUGGCGUCAGUGAUAAAAGACAUUGGUGAGAUAUGGAGCAGACUAUUUGAUCACCGGCCGUUUGUUCAUGGUGAAAUAUUAUAUUUUGUUCGAGAAUUUGAGAAUAGACGAGGUGAUAGAGAAGUGGAAAGAUUAUUCAAGAUACUUGAAUAUUCAACAGAACUUGAACAAAAUCAAAUCGAUAGAGCAGAACAGCUUGGAGAUUGUCAUCUACCGAGUCUAAAAGCUAAUACAGAUGUAGCGUUAACGAUGUGCGAAAGGAUUUUACAAAGAGAGGAGAACUGUGAUACUGAACGUAAAUUAGCAGAAAAUAGAGAAAUCCGCAAAGAGGAAUGGAAAAGAUUCAUUAAUGAUAUAAGCGAAAAGUGUAAGAAAGUGGAUGAAACAUUUGAUGAAAAAGAAGCAGAACUCAAAGAAUUCUAUAUAGAUUUAGAGAAGAAACUUCAUAUAAAUCCUUAAAUAAACAUUCAACCUUAUUCAUUUAUAUUUUAAA